AUGACCGAGAGCAAUUCCAACCUACAACUCGCCAUACACUCCCUACACGAUCACAACCUCAAAGCCCUACUCAAACUCGCCCAUCGGUCCGCCCACUAUCUACUAGACUGCUCCAAGAUCCUCAAGAUUCGGCCGCAUCUUACAUGUCCGGAAGCCGAACCACACCUAGAUAUCCAAUAUUAUCAAGAGCACACAGCACACACAGCGUACGCUCGCGCCGGCAGCACUCAAGAGCACCAAGCGGAGGGGCCGGACUCAGCCCUGAAUGGCAUCGGGCUUCAGGAGCAGUUGGACCUUCAUCAACGAGUCUGGUACGAUCAGUUCACAUCGACCGACUGGGUUCAUGACAGUAUUCAAGAUGGACAUCGAGUCCUCGCUCUCCGGCGUAAGGGCGGUGUUCGCGGAAACCUCGCACUGAUUGCCGAUGCAGCCCAAGGCUGGAUUCUUGUCAUGCUGAUCGGCGUCCUCACGGCCUUUGCUGCAUACUUCGUUGAUGUUACCGAGACUGCCAUCUUCGAUCUCAAGCGCGGUGUCUGCAAAUCAAGCUGGCACUUUGGGAGAGUGGCUUGCUGCCAGGGAGCUCACCACUGUGAUGACUGGCAGACGUGGUCACAGAUCAUUCAGCCGUCAGGUGUCAAAGCUGUCUGGGUCGAUUUUAUAUUCUUCAACAUCGGCUGUAUCACGUUGGCGGGCAUCUCCUGCUUCCUUACACUCUACUCGCGGACGGUCGUCCCAUCACACAUUGCCACUACUUUCGACGAGAACCUCGCAGCGGCAAAGACCAACCUUCAGAAUGAAGAGUCAAAAAAUCCUCAACCGCUCACGAACUUGGAGGCAAUCCCCGCAAGCAUCUACUAUUCCGCUGCCGGCAGUGGAGUGGCCGAAGUGAAAGUCAUUCUAAGUGGCUUUGUGCUUCACGGCUAUCUUGGUCUUCGAACACUUGCAAUAAAGCUCGUCGCCCUAAUCUUCUCGGUCGCCAGCGGCAUGAGUCUAGGCAAAGAAGGACCCUACGUCCAUAUCGCUACAUGCAUUGGUAACGUGGCUUGCAGGCUUUUCUCCAAGUACAGUCUCAACGACGGUAAGCGGAGAGAGGUCUUGUCAGCCAGUGCAGCCAGUGGCGUCGCUGUUGCAUUUGGAUCGCCUCUGGGUGGUGUGCUGUUCUCGCUGGAAGAGGUCAGCUACUACUUUCCACCCAAGACCCUGUUUCGCACAUUCUUUUGCUGCAUUGCCGCGGCACUCUCACUGAAAUUCCUCAAUCCGUACGGCACAGGCAAAAUUGUGCUGUUCGAGGUACCCUACGUCAGUGACUGGAGAUUCUUCGAGCUGUUUUGUUUCGCAUUCCUUGGAUUUGCAGGUGGCCUCAUUGGAGCAUUAUUCAUCAAAGCAUCUCGAUUUUGGGCGAAGACGUUCCGCCGCAUACGCAUCAUCAAGGAGUACCCCAUGCUUGAAGUGCUGUUGAAGGAGGGUAUCACAGCUGUUAUCGGCUACCUCACGAUUGCGUUCGUCAUCAAGGCCUUUCUCACGGUCAUUACUUUCGGUAUCAAAGUCCCUGCCGGCAUCUAUGUCCCGUCCAUGGUCGUCGGUGGCCUCAUGGGCCGGAUCUUCGGGCAUUGUGUUCAGUAUGUUGUCGUCCACCAUCCUGGCUUCUUUCUUUGGACGGAAUGCCCGGUCAACAGCGGCAUGGAAUCAUGCGUCACGCCCGGGGUAUAUGCACUGGUUGCAGCGGGUGCAACCAUGUGUGGGGUUACACGACUGUCUGUCACUUUAGCAGUCAUUCUCUUCGAGUUGACCGGCAGCCUCGACCAUGUCUUGCCAUUCUCGCUUGCGGUUCUGUUCGCCAAAUGGACGGCUGAUGCAGUCGAGCCACUUAGCAUCUACGAUCUUCUCACCGACAUGAAUUCUUACCCCUUCCUCGACAACAAGGUCUCGCCGGUCUUCGAUACCAAGCUAGGCGACAUCACACCACGGUCUACUUUCGACCGCUACAUCGAUAUCAGCAUUUCUCCCAUUGUCAAGGCAACUGAGCUGCGAUCGAAGCUUAAUCGCCUCCAGAAUGCUGGCGAGCUCGAUGGCGGCAUACCACUGAUUCGGAACAAGUACCUGGUUGGUCUCAUGCCAGGUCCAGACCUCGAAUUUGCCCUCGAUCGUAUCGAGGACGAGACUACUGCCAUGUGUCGCAUGACUGCUAUUGACGACCCACACGCCAGGUCUAUCUGGGAUGGACUGGAACGCAUAUCGGACGAUGACGAGGAUGAAGAUCAAGACGAGCAAUCGCCACUCUGGAGCUCGCAAGCAAUUGAUAUGACGCCAUAUAUCGAUCCAGCUCCGGUGUGUCUUGACAUCAAGAGCCCGAUGGAUCUCGUCUACCAAUGCUUCGUCAAACUUGGACUGCGAUACAUCUGUGUCUUGGACGAGGGCGAAUAUCGCGGUAUGGUACACAAGAAGGUCUUUGUCAGAUACGUCAAGACUGAAGAGGAGAGACAUGCCAAAGGCAGAGGAACGUGGUAG